AUGUUGCGGAUGCUGGAGUCAGCCAGCAUCCAACGCGAACUCACGGCCAAUCUGACCCCCCAGCUGCAUAUCGGCGGUAUUGAUGUGGGUGUCUACAACGAUCUCUCCGCCAUUUACGUCCUCACCGACUGCAAGUGGCUUGCCCUCGGUGCUUGCCUGCUCAGCAUCGUUCUGCUCAUCAUCACUGACGGCAGUGUGAUUAUGUUGCUCACCACUCUGUUCGCCAUCCUCUGGUCGCUAACCGUGGCCUACGCAAUCUACUCACGCGUUCUGGCUAUUCCAACCUUCCCGCUGAUCAAUGUGAUGGCCAUUGUCCUGCUCCUUGGCUUGGGUGCUGACGAUGUGCUCGUCUUCUAUGAGGUACUUGCAGUGCAUUUCUUCUCUCUGUGUAAAUUACUUCAAGAGUAUGUGUCCGCUAAACAGGUUGCAUGGUAG